UUUUUUUUUGUCAACAAAGUGUUGUCUUAAUAUUCCACAAAAUCGAGUUCAACGAAGUCUUCCCUUGACUGGAACUAAAAACACUGACUUUUCUACGCUCUCCACACCAUAAAUUAAGCUAAAACUUUCUGAAGAACAAAAAAAUACAAAGACAUGUUCGUGAAGCUCCUCACCAUUUUCUUCUUCUUUUCCUUCACACUACUCUCCCAGCUCCCAAAAUCCUCUACCCAAACUCUUGACUUCACGUACAAUGGCUUCCUUCCUCCACUAACUGACAUAUCCCUCGAAGGGAUCGCCACCGUCACACCCAACGGUCUCUUGAAGCUAACCAACUACACCAUGCAGAAAACGGGUCACGCCUUCCACACCAAACCAGUCCGGUUCAAAGAUUCUCCAGACGGAACCGUUUCUUCCUUCUCCACAACAUUUGUCUUCGCUAUUCAUUCCGAGAUCCCGAGCCUUAGCGGCUACGGCAUGGCUUUCGUCGUCGCUCCUAACCCAAGGCUCCGUUACGCGACCGCAAGUCAAUACAUGGGUCUCUUGAACAUAACAAACGACGGUAAUGUCACUAAUCACGUGUUCGCUAUCGAGUUUGAUACGAUCCAGAGUCCAAAGUUCAAUGAUACUGACGAUAACCAUGUGGGAAUCGAUAUCAAUAGCUUGACAUCUGUGGAGAGUUCACCAGCUGGGUACUGGGACGGAAAAGGUCAGUUCAAGAAUCUGACGUUGAUUAGUCGCAAACGGAUGCAAGUUUGGGUUGAUUAUGAUGAUCGUACCCAUCAGAUCGAUGUAACAAUGGCUCCCUUCAGUAAGGACAAACCAAAAAAACCGCUUGUUUCUAUCGUCAGAGAUCUUUCUUCGGUUCUUCAACAAGACAUGUUCGUAGGAUUCUCGUCAGCGACCGGUACUAUUGUGUCGGAAUAUUAUAUUCUCGGGUGGAGUUUCCGGGUGAAGGGCAAUGCUCCGCAGUUGGACUUAUCAAAACUUCCGAAACUUCCGAGGUGGGAGCCCAAAAGAAUAUACAGCAUCUACAAGACUUGGAUGCCGUCCGUUUGCAUAUUUUUGGUUCCCUUCUUGUUUAUUUCCACGCUCACUAUACUCGUGCGCUACGUCGUGAGGAGGAGGAGAAAGUUCAAGGAGGAGCUCGAAGAUUGGGAAACAAGGCUUGGGAAGAACCGAAUGAAGUUCAAGGACUUGUACUGUGCCACCAAAGGGUUCAAUGAGAAUGACCUUCUCGGAUCCGGUGGGUUUGGAGCCGUUUACCGAGGUGUCAUGCCAAGGACAGAGAAAGAGAUCGCUGUGAAAAGAGUCUCGAACAAAUCCCAACAAGGGUUGAAAGAGUUUGUGUCUGAGGUUGUGAGUAUUGGUCGGAUGGGUCAUCGGAACUUAGUCCCUCUCCUGGGUUAUUGCCGCUGGAGAGACGAGCUUCUUCUGGUGUACGAGUACAUGCCUAAUGGAAGCUUAGACAAGUAUUUGCACAAUAGUCCUCCAGAGGUAACUCUUGACUGGAAACAAAGGAUUAAAGUCAUUAAAGGUGUGGCAUCCGCCUUAUUCUACCUUCACGAGGAAUGGGAACAAGUGGUGAUUCACCGUGACAUCAAAGCCAGCAACGUCUUGUUAGAUUCAGAGCACAAUGGGAGACUUGGGGAUUUCGGUUUAGCUCGAUUGUCCGGUCACGGGUCAGACCCUCAAACAACUCUAGUGGCUGGAACAUGGGGAUACCUAGCCCCUGAUCACGUCAGAACAGGACGGGCCACUACAGCUACCGAUAUAUUUGCGUUUGGGGUGCUUUUACUAGAAGUAGCAUGCGGUAGACGUCCUAUCGAGAUUCAGAACGAGAAUGGUGAGAGGGUCUUUAUUUUGGAUUGGGUUUUGGGAUUUUGGAGUGAGGGAAACAUCUUGGACGCCAAGGACCCGAAGCUAGGGACGGAAUAUGAUCGAACAGAGGUCGAAAUGGUUUUGAAGCUAGGUUUGAUGUGCACUCACUCCAGCCCACAUGAUAGACCAACUAUGAGACAAGUGUUACAUUAUCUCAUGGGAGGAGAUGCAAUAUUACCAGAUUUGUCCCCUUUGGACUUGGGUGGGAAUGAGAUGUUGGAAAUCCACCACGAACUUAGCGAGACAGGCAUGUUCACAUGUGGGUCUUCGAUGGUUAAUUCUAUAGUCUCCGCUUCCAGUGGGAGGUAAAUUUUAAAUAUUUCAACGUUUGUGACUCGAGCGCCCCUAGUGGUAGAGAUACUAAUUCAAGUAUCUCAAUAAUAAAAUAUCAAAUACUUUUCAUAACUAUAUAUUUUAAGUCCAAUCUUUGUAAAUAAAAUUUAUCAUUCAAAAAUUGACAUGUGUUUCUAUUGGUUCUAAAGGAGCUCUUGGAGUCUCUUGAAUGUGAUACACACGGGUUCUCCCAAAAUCUGCCUUUUUCUCCCACUUUCUGAUUUUUUUUUAAUUUUUAGGACUUUAGAUACUCUAACAAUAGACUAGCGAUGGACAUGGUCUAACAUUACAGAUUGUAGAAAAGAUACUCUCGGCAUGAGAUAUGGGACCGUGUUGUACGUUGAGUUGAAAUAAAUAAAACUUUAUGAACGUGUAAGACCAGUUUAGUAGUUUACUUUUGCAUUCGGUGGAGUUGAUAGCUGGUUGAUGUGACGCUUGAAAGGGAAAGAGACAUUUGCAUUUCCACGCUUUAAGUCAAGCUGCAGAGAGAGUCUCCUUUCACAUAAUGUUGCCGGCGAUGGUGAUGACUUAUGAGCAUAUUUGCCAUGAAUAUAACGUCUUCAUCUACAACAUGUUCAAACAAUAAGAAGCAAAACAAAAUGCUGGCUGGGGAAAGAAAAUAAUGCAAACAAACGUAUCUGCGAGGUUAUAAGAUCACCAAUGCAAAUCCGGAUUAUAUUUUUAAGUCUUGUUAUUCUUGAUACUAACCAAACCUUCAUAGUCAGUCACCACCUCAGAUAGAAGCCGAGCGUGCAUCUCACUCCACUGUUUCUUCUCAGAGCAGUGAUUGUUAAGGAACUUUUGAAGCAUUGGCUUAGGGCAUCAUCUAUGCAAAAUUACUAUAGGGCAUAUUUAUAGAACUAUUUUGUAUGGUC